UUGCACUCCGCCACGCGAGCUCCGCAUCGCCGCGAAUCCCGCCCCCCCUCCGCUCCCCUUCCCCCCUCCUCCCUUCUCCCCUCCCCUCCCCUCGCCCCGGCCCGCGCCGGCGGCCGGCCCCUCCGCGGGCAGGUGCGCGAGCCUGCGCGCGCCGCGGCCGCCUCCUCCGGCGGGUCCCUGGCGCGCCGGGCCGGGGCGGCUGCGCGCACGGCGCCGCUCCACCAACCCGCUCCCCGCAGGUCCCUCGCUCGCUCUCCAUCCCUCGCCGGCGCUCGCUCCCCCCCGCCCUUUGAUUGACAGGCAAGAUGUCGGUGUGGAGCGAGGCAGGAGCGAAUGCAGCAGCCGUCACCCCCGGAGCCCGGCGGCGGCAGCAGCAGCAGCAGCAGCAGCAGCAGCAGCAGCAGCAGCAGCAGCGCGAGGAGGAGACAGCAGCCAGCCGCAGUCGCCGCCGCAGCCGCGGGAGCAAUGCAGACAGCAUCUUGAGGACGCGCUAAAGCACUCCAAACGGUGGACAAUGCCCUGUCACUGCAAUUGGGAGGGGGGCAAAGCAGAUUUUUUUUGACAUAAAAGCCAGCCAGCCAAAAAUAUAUACAUUUGUCCUUCACGGAGCCGGUGUGUAAAGAGUGAGCGCUGUUUUCCUUCGCCUCCUCCUCUCCUCUCCUCUCCCUCCCCCUCCUCCUCCUCUUUUUCCUCCUCCUCCUCCCCCUCCUCCUCCUCCUCCCUAAGUGUACAGACAGCAUCACAUCACCUGGUUUGCUUCGGAGAAACAGCAUCUCUCCUUUUCAGGGACCAGAGACUCAAAAAGAGGAGACAUUCGAAUGGAGUCUGCUUGAUACCCCAAAAUAAAAUAAUAAAUUUUGGCUCUUGUCCCCUCCUCCCACCCCACCCCCUCAACCCUGUGUGAGAUGUUGGGUUUCUUCUUCAUGAGACAUUGUUGAGAAGUCGCAGUGGUUGGAGAGCGUAGGGGGUAGACUACCUCUACGCCCCCCCCCCCUUUUUUCUCUCUGGGAGGAGGAGGAGGGGAAGGGGGCUUGCCGAGCAAGCGAUGGAUGAGGAAAACAUGACGAAAAGCGAGGAGCAGCAGCCUCUGAGUUUGCAAAAAGCCUUACAGCAGUGCGAGUUGGUCCAAAACAUGAUAGACCUGAGCAUCUCCAACCUGGAAGGGCUUAGGACCAAAUGUGCCACCUCCAACGACCUCACACAAAAAGAGAUCCGGACCCUGGAGAGCAAGCUGGUGAAGUACUUCAGCCGUCAGCUGUCCUGCAAAAAGAAGGUGGCCCUUCAGGAACGCAACGCUGAGCUGGACGGCUUCCCCCAGCUCCGGCACUGGUUCCGGAUUGUCGACGUGCGCAAGGAAGUCUUGGAGGAGAUCACCCCCGGCCAGCUGAGUCUGGAGGACCUCUUGGAGAUGACAGAUGAGCAGGUGUGUGAGACCGUGGAGAAAUACGGAGCCAACCGAGAGGAGUGUGCCCGUCUCAAUGCCUCCCUGACCUGCCUGCGGAACGUCCACAUGUCAGGAGGCAACCUUUCCAAACAAGACUGGACCAUCCAGUGGCCCACCACGGAAACCGGGAAGGAGAACAAUCCCGUGUGCCCCCCGGAGCCCACCCCGUGGAUCCGCACCCACCUCUCCCAGAGCCCCAGGGUCCAGGCCAAGUGCGUCCAGCACUACUGUCAUGCCAGCCCCUCGCCCGGGGCCCCCGUGUACACCCACGUGGACAGGCUCACCGUGGACGCUUACCCGGGCCUGUGCCCGCCACCGCCGCUGGAGUCAGGCCACCGUUCCCUGCCCCCGUCUCCCCGGCAGCGGCACGCGGUGCGCACGCCGCCGCGCACGCCCAACAUCGUCACCACCGUGACCCCGCCCGGCACACCGCCCAUGCGGAGGAAGAACAAGCUGAAGCCCCCGGGGACCCCGCCGCCCUCCUCGAGGAAGCUGAUCCACUUGAUUCCGGGUUUCACGGCCCUGCAUCGAAGCAAGUCCCACGAGUUCCAGCUGGGUCACCGUGUGGAGGAGGCCCACACGCCCAAAGCCAAGAAGAAAAGCAAACCUUUGAACCUCAAGAUUCACAGCAGCGUGGGCAGCUGCGAGAAUAUUCCUUCUCAGCAACGCUCCCCGCUCCUGUCGGAGCGCUCCCUCCGCUCCUUCUUUGUGGGACAUGCACCUUUCCUGCCCUCCACCCCUCCUGUCCACACCGAGGCCAACUUCUCUGCAAACACGCUGUCCGUGCCGCGCUGGUCCCCGCAGAUCCCUCGCAGAGACCUCGGCAACUCCAUCAAGCACAGGUUUUCCACCAAGUACUGGAUGUCUCAGACGUGCACAGUCUGUGGGAAAGGAAUGCUUUUCGGUCUCAAGUGUAAAAAUUGCAAGUUAAAGUGCCACAACAAAUGCACCAAAGAAGCCCCUCCCUGUCAUCUCCUGAUCAUCCACCGAGGAGCAAGGUUAGUCCGAACAGAGUCCGUCCCGUGUGACAUCAACAACCCUCUACGAAAGCCACCCCGGUAUUCGGACCUGCACAUCAGCCAGACGCUCCCCAAAACCAACAAAAUCAGCAAGGACCACAUCCCUGUCCCUUACCAGCCAGACUCGAGCAGCAAUCCCUCAUCUACAACAUCCUCCACGCCCUCCUCGCCAGCACCGCCCCUCCCUCCCAGCGCCACGCCGCCUUCUCCCCUGCACCCCUCCCCACAGUGCACGAGGCAGCAGAAGAACUUCAACCUGCCAGCAUCCCACUACUACAAAUACAAGCAGCAGUUCAUCUUCCCAGAUGUGGUGCCGGAGACGCCGACCCGGGCGCCCCAGGUCAUCCUGCAUCCAGUGACCUCGAAUCCAAUCUUGGAAGGAAAUCCAUUACUUCAAAUUGAAGUGGAGCCAACUUCAGAGAAUGAAGAAGGCCACGAUGAGGCUGAGGAGUCAGAGGACGACUUCGAGGAGAUGAACCUGUCCCUGCUCUCAGCCCGGAGCUUCCCGCGCAAGGCCAGCCAGACCAGCAUCUUCCUGCAGGAGUGGGACAUCCCUUUUGAGCAGCUGGAGAUCGGCGAGCUCAUCGGCAAGGGCCGCUUCGGGCAGGUGUACCACGGCCGCUGGCACGGGGAGGUGGCCAUCCGGCUGAUCGACAUCGAGAGGGAUAACGAGGAGCAGUUAAAGGCCUUCAAGCGGGAGGUGAUGGCCUACAGGCAGACGCGGCACGAGAAUGUGGUACUCUUCAUGGGCGCCUGUAUGAGCCCGCCCCACCUGGCCAUCAUCACCAGCCUGUGUAAGGGACGGACGCUCUAUUCUGUGGUGCGGGACGCCAAAAUCGUCUUGGAUGUCAACAAAACGAGGCAGAUUGCCCAAGAAAUUGUGAAGGGCAUGGGCUACCUCCACGCCAAGGGGAUCCUUCACAAGGACCUCAAGUCAAAGAAUGUCUUCUAUGACAACGGCAAAGUGGUGAUCACAGACUUCGGGCUCUUCAGCAUUUCCGGGGUCCUGCAGGCUGGCAGGCGGGAGGACAAGCUACGCAUCCAGAACGGCUGGCUCUGCCACCUGGCACCAGAGAUCAUCCGCCAGCUGUCUCCCGACACAGAAGAGGACAAGCUCCCUUUCUCCAAGCACUCAGAUGUCUUUGCACUAGGCACAAUAUGGUAUGAACUCCACGCCAGGGAGUGGCCUUUCAAGACUCAACCAGCAGAGGCAAUAAUCUGGCAAAUGGGCACAGGCAUGAAACCCAACCUCAGCCAGAUUGGCAUGGGAAAAGAAAUCUCGGACAUUCUUCUCUUUUGCUGGGCCUUUGAACAAGAAGAAAGACCUACCUUCACUAAGCUCAUGGACAUGCUGGAGAAACUGCCAAAGCGAAACCGCCGCCUGUCUCACCCCGGACAUUUCUGGAAGUCUGCAGAGCUGUGACCAUUGGACAAAGGGACAGCACUCAGCUGCCUCAGCCCCCGAGCCACCUCUUCUUCCCUGCUCUGCCCUCUGCCAGCUCAGGAGGCCAGAGGCUCACCAUCAGAGGGUACCGACCCCGGCCGGCCUGGGAGCACUGCACGGCCAAGUUCGGCAGCUUCCCCACUCCCCAGACCUGUGCCCUUUUGCCCGGGCAGGGUUUGGAACCCCUGAGCUAGGACUUACCAGGACCAGCCAGGGAGAAGCGAGAUUGAUGCGUGAGGUCCAGAGACCGUGUCGAGAAGAAAACUGGAGGCUGUCGGUAGAGCCCCUAGGCCAUGGAGACGAGGGCAAGAGGCCCGCGUGGGCAGGCUCGCAGGACCGGUCUGUGUGUACAUGUGUGUCUCCGUGCGCGACACCGUUUUGCUCUCGAUCCCUGGCGACAAGCGGGAGCACUCUGCUGCCACAGCCCUGGAGUGCCCCUUGGCUGACUCAGUCCCUGCGUUGUGGGUUCCAGCUGCACUGUCUGGAAAGAUGGGGUGGGGUCUGGGGCUGAGCACCCACCUCGUGGAGGCCACGGGGCCAAGACCUGGGCCGGGGAGCUCAGUUGUUCCUUUGUAAACAUCUGUUCUCAGAGGCUCUCACCCAAGCCUGUCAUGAUCUGUGGCUCCUUUGCACAUAGCUCCGAAGUGCACAAAACAGUCUUGCAUGUCUUUGAGUUCUGAGCCUCUCUGGGGCAUGGGUCCCCAUUUCUGCCGCCUUCUCCUGUUCUGUGAGAGCGCCGUCCCUUGUCGUCUCACUGCCCCUGCGCUCCCCUGCCGUUUGAAAAGCACAAUGGCUUCCUGGCCAAGAUGACUUCAGGGGGCUCCUUGCAGCUCACCUUUAUCCUUGACACCCCCUGAAGUCUGGGGCCUGAGAACUCGGGGGUCUGGGGAGGAAGUUCUAGAACAUUCCUUCUCUCCCCUCCUGCUCUGGCAUCGACACCAGCUAAGUUUGUCCACCACAGCGACGGACGUGGGUCCCUGAUCGACGUGUGUUGGGUUAAAUUCGCAAAGGAUCCCCCAUGCUUUCACCUUAGUAAGUCCUCUUGGGGAGGCAAGCAGGGAGACUGUAAGAGGGUCUGUGUUCUUAGCUCCUACCUGGUGCCAAGUCCCAGAGCGGCUUCCCCAUGAGAGGUCUGUCUGCGCUUGCUCAGUGCUCAUGCCUUCCAUCCCUCCCUCUCGCUCCCUCCUGAGCUGGUGGAUUUUCCCAGCCACCUUGGGACCAAGGGUUAUGCAGGAAGGAUCCAGGAAGCAGGUCAGUCAGGCAGAAUAACAUGGCGAGCCUCUUGUCUUUUGUUCUUAGGUCCCAGCCCUUAGGAGGGGAUGUCUUCUGAUCACAAAGCCUGUCUGACCUGGCAGCGAAAGGAGGCCUGUCCCCUAGCAGGGUGGUAGCCAGGCAGCUGGGCAGCAGACAGGACACCCAGGGUAAGCCCACAGCCUCACUGUCCUCCCUAGGCACUGCUCAGGCUUGGUUUUCUUCUGGUCUCAACCUUAUCCCGACAUCCCCCUGCCAGAGAGGGGACUUAAGACUUCAAAAAUCCUACCCGAGCUCAGACUCAGCACCCCACCUGAUAUAAGGGGUGAGUGGGGGUCUUCCCCACUUUGGGUGAUCCCAGACUGAUUCAUGCUGUGGGGGCCAAGCCUGCUUCCAAACUGGAAAAAAUAAUGAGAUGGUCAUGCUUCUGGAACCUCUGGCCAAGGGGUAUGCCUGAGCCUCCCAGAGGGCCUUCCUGCAUGGGCUCCCACCUGCACAGGACCAGAGACUAAGGACACUCCUGUGGGCUAUUCUAAGUGGAUGUUCCUCUUCUGGGGACUUCUGUGACUGUGGUUCGUGGCUCAACACUUGUGUAUCUCGGACCAUCUUACACACACCCACACGAAUCCUAGCAAGCCACCUGAAGGGCCGACCCUGAACAUGGGGUUGGGCCUGCUUUGGCUCUGCCCACCAGCUCCCCAGAGACCUGGAAUCCAGUCCUGGUUCCUCUAAUCCAACCAGGACUUCUGGGGUCUGUGGACCCCAGUUGUCGUUGGGGACCUGAGUGCAGGCAAGGAAGUCAGGAAGGGAAGGAGCUGGCGGGACACGGCGACCCUGCUGGUGGAAGGCUCGCCAGGACUGCUCCUUCCUGCCGCUGUCAUUUCCAGAAUUCACUCACAUGGUCACCCAGAGCCUUUGGCAAGACCUGCAAUGCGGGGGACCGUGGGGGAGGGUCACCAAAGGCUGAUUUUUCUGUCUGUUUCGUGAGUACCAGCUUAAGAUUAAGGACAAGGUCUGAGGGAUCCAGGGGGAUACCCCCGCCUUCCCUGCUCCCUAGGAGUGUCUCUGCUUUGCAAAACAGGGUUCCUUGCAUCUGUCCUUGGCCCCACACCACCUGCUCUUGACUUCUCUACCUUCACCUGCGUCCUUCCCUUGCCCUCACCUUCCUCGGUCUCCAUAGCAUCCGGACGUCCAAAGCCCCUUCCUGCCACCCUCCUCCUGGCAACGCCACCCUGAAUUGUUUAGAAGGUAGUUUUCAUUUGCAGACCUUGCAAUUCAGGAAGAACCAAACCUCUGCUUUCCCCCCUGACCUCAGUCUUAUUCAUGAGUCAAGUACUGGGAGGAGGUCACAUUCAUUCAUCUUCUGCGAGGAAAAAGGAAAAACAAACGGGAGGGGUGUGUGUGUGUGUGUGUGUUUACAUAGUACUUGCCAGCCUUGCCUGUGAUUCAUUCUAUAGAAUUCGCACAACAAAGACUGUGUGUGUGUGUGUGUGCACUUGUGCCUUGUGGCCGACAGCGAGCCGUUUAACUCUGGGCCCUGCUUUGAGCAAACCCUUACCUACACAGGCUUCCCAAGGGCACCAGUCCCCAGAGUGAAGAUGCCUGGGAAGCCUUGAACUUACCAUCUCCGAAGGGCACAUGGAUUUGCACCCUGAAUGCUACCAUUUCUCAGACCACAUGCAUUUCCUACCACGGCCCCCACCUUUCCAGCCCCCCUUGGUCAUAUGUGGGGUUUUCCCCAAGCAUGAAGCUGGAGACUCAAAGUCUUUACCUAAUGGUGUUUCAUCCGGGUUUUCCUUUUGCUGGUCAAAGGGAAAAACCCCAUCUUGCCACAGAGCCCUCCUCUUUCAGUUCUUUGGUCCAUAGGAGCCCUGGAUUGGUCUCUGACAACUAGACUUUUGUAUCCAGGAUCCCUGGUCCUGCCCCUUUCCCACCCCACCAAACCAGGCUUCAUUUCUUCCCACCAUUUUUGUCCCCCACCUCUACCCCCCCAUUGCCAGUGGCUGAUCAUCUAAGGAAACACCAAGGUAAUGGUAUACACUUGGCCCAGGCCCAAUCCCCAUCUUGUGAAAUCUAGACCUGAGGUCAACAAAGUAUGGCCUGGGGCCAUAUGCAACCACCCCGCCCCCAAGAAGUUUUUACAUUCUCUAAUUGGGGGAAAAAACCAGAAGAUUUCAUAAGACAUGAAAACUCUAUAGAAUUCAGAUGUCAAUAAAUGAAAUCCUAUUGGCACGUGGCCAUCGCCAUUCGUUUGCAGACGAACCAUGGGUUUUGCGGGCUGUGGUGCCACAGCUGACUAGUUAUGAGAGAGGCAGCGUGGCCCAUAAAGCUGGAAAUAUUUAUAACCUUGCCCUUUACAAGAGACACUUGCCAACCUCUGAUCUAGGGGACUGGCUUACUGAAAAAGAAGCCAACUUGCAUAGGGCUCCCAAGGGAGGAACAUGAGCCAGACUGGGAGUUAGGGGGGCAGAGAACUCAUUCCAGUGGGGAAAGAACUUUCUAGCAGCUUGACCCUCGAUGCGAGAUGGGCUGCUUGGGGAGGUGGGAAGCUCCCUGUCCUUGGAGAGGGCUGGGCAGACAUGAGGACUGGUUGGUGUACGUGAUGUAGAGGGAAUUCGGGCUUUGGAGGAUGGAAGGAGUGGUUCUAUUUCAGACCCUAUUACGUCCAGGCUGGCAUAUAACAAGACACCUUAGGUAGGGGGAUUUCCAUCGCAGGAUGGUUCACAGUUCUGGGGGCAGGACCGGUUUCUCCUAAGACCUUCUUCCUCGGCUUUCAGUCAUCCUGCCUCUCGCUGUGUGCUCACAUGGCCUUUUCUCUGAGCCCACACAACCCUGGGGUCUAUUUCUCUAGUCAGAUUGGAUGGGACCCCAUCCUUAGGACCUAAUUUCAUCUUAGUUACCUCUUCAAAGACCCUAUCUCCAGAUACAAUCACUUUGGCAGUUGGGACUUUGACCUAGGGAUCGUGGUGGGGGGGUAGGGGGAGGUGUGCAUUGCGGCAGGGGGCCACAAUUCCAUCCCAUUCCAAUUCCAUGAAGACCCUUGAUGUUCCUGAGACUGUGACUGUAGGGACUUUCUGGGCGACACUCCUAUUCCUGGCUUUUGUUCCCACAUUGUGCUCAACCUUGAGUCCCCAGAUUUACCCUCCCCGUCCCCAUGCCCUGCCAGCCUUUCCUGAUCCCCUUCCUCCAAGGACUGGUCUUGUUCUGGAGGCUGGAACCCUAAAAUCAAGGUGUCGGCAGGGCCGCACCCUGAUCCCCAACACCUCUGCCAAGGGGUCCUUCCUUGGCCUCCUCUUCUUAGCUCCUGGUGGUUUGCUGGUCGUCUUUGGCUGCAGAUGGAUCUCCUCACCUCUGAUUCCAAACUCACACGGCCUUCUUCAUGUAAGGCUGCCACCCUUCUCAAGCUUAACCUCGCCUUAACUAAUGACACCUGCAAUGACCCUACUUUCAAGUAAUGUCACACUCUGAGGGACUGGGGUUUAGGACCUCAACGUAUGUAUUCUGCGUGUGUGUGUAUGUAGAAGGGACAUGAUUCAACCCCUAACACCCACUAAGAAGCAUUUUCUCACACCCUGACUGGUCACUGUGGUCACAAAAGACCUCUGGGGAGAAAGAUCCCAGAACCCCUGCGCCAUGAGGACCAGGACACUGAUGUUGCUUUUGUCACAUGGGAUCCCUUCCUCCCUAGGUCUGAGAGUCCUGGACGUCAACUCCACGGGUGGGGGUGGACAGCGGGUCUGUUGCGUGACGUGCACUUGACUGCUGAGCCAGUGCUUCUGCCCGGUCUGAAGUGGUUGGUGGCCUGACACUUGCUUUUAUUUACGUUCUGGCUCGGCGUCAGAGGAACGGAUCAUGGCAAGCCGUGUGCCUGCCGUGUCCUUCGGCCGUGCCUGUGAGGUUUUGAGCAGGCUCGGGUGGAUGCCAGCCCUGGGCUCCAGCCUCCGCUAACUGCCCCCUGCCCCCGCCAUCAGCUGCACACCCCUGCAUGGGACUGGUCCUGACCUCUGAGGGCAAGGAGAAGCAAAUGUGGGGUGGGCUUUGGAACAUGGUGACCAGGGUCUUGAAGGUUCUCGUUCUCCCCGACUCUCUCUGAGUCACGCCAAGUAGGCCACCUUCCUCUCCAGUCACUGCCCCUGAUGAUCAGCACAAGUGACAGGUUCCUGUCUUGAGGUCCUACCAGCUACGUCAUUCUCUAAACAGUUGGGGCAGAGUCGGGGGGGAGGUCCUUGCCUGAUAUGGGGCCUGGCACAUAGUAGGUGCUCAGUAAAUACUUACAGAAUGCAGAGAGAGGGUGAGGCACUGGUCUAGGGGGCCAGAAGCUGCUCCUUGCAGGGAAGGCGGAAGGGCUCCACAGGUGGGGCCCGGGCAGUAAUGAGAUUCCCACAACCAGGCUCUGUGCUAUGGAUUCCACCCCCCGCUCCCCGCAACGUGCAUUGGCCAGGUUCCAUGGAUGUGACUCAUGAAGAGACCCAUUGGCCAGGUGUCCCAGGGCAUCUAAGUGUGAAGGGCAAGAGUAGUCAUCCAUCCCUUAGAGCCUCUAUUCACUGAGCACUUACUAUGUACCAGGCCAACAGUCCUGGGAAAUAGGUACCGUUAUUGCAUUUCGCAGAUGAAGAAACUGCGGCAAAUGCAAGCCAGCCUGUUAAGAGGUAGAGCCAACGUUUUAAAUAAGAGUCUUUGGCCUCGUGGGUUCCGAGGAACCCAGCCCUGUUUGAGUGGUUUCUGUGUGCCACUGUCCCCCAGGAGGUUACUGUUACCGGCUUCUGUGGUUAUGUGUAGCUUGUAACCAGGAGAGAGGGAGAGAAAACAGGAAGUGAUUGAAGGAGGGUGCAGGAGAGGGUGGGGACCCCUGGAGGAGUUUGCACGGAAGCUCUCCGUUGUGUUCCCAGACUGACCGGCUGCCAGCAAUGGCCCAGGUUUCUAGGAAGUGUGUGUCUGGGUUGGCAAAGCUGCCCCUGGGUCCUUCCAGCUCCCCUGCUCCAGGCAGCCUGCACCAUCAGCCCAGCCCUCUGUGUCUCUCGUACUGGACUAGACAUUUAACUGUGAUCCCCUGUCCCAGGAAACUCACCAGUGAGUGCUCCUCCCUCUCAGGGCUGGGAAGGGCUCCUUCCUUCCUGUUCACUGAGAUCACACAACCCCUUUCCUUAACGCUUAUUCCCAAGAAUACGAAGGAUUCCUCUCCAUGAGGUUGAGAUCGCUGCUGUCCUGUUGAGGACCGAACUGGAGGAAAUGGGCUUUGCCUGGAGCUUGCCUGAUCUAGGUUAGGCGCAGUUUACCAAGAUGUUCCAUAGACCUUUAAUUUCAUAGCAGACUAGAUGGAAAAAAUGUUGCAUUAUUAGAAGGGUCUUGGGACAAACACGCAUGGGAAAUGCUUAGGCAAAAUAAGAUUAAAUUUUUUUUUCUCGGUUGUAGGACUUAUCAGAGCAUUUAACACACUACUGUGUGGUAAAGAUUUUAAAAUCUUUAAAAGGUUGACAGCAGGCUGCUCUUCCCAAGUUUUCCCAGGCUUAUUUCUGAAUCCCCAUGAUUAAUCUCUGUGAGUCUGACUUGAUACCUUGCACAGAGGGCAAAGGCCAGUGUGCUAGCCCACGGAAAAGAGCAGCUGAUCACCAGUAUUUACAGACAGCAGCUGAUCACCAGUAUUUACAAACAACUUGCUCAGAAUUGGCCUCCCCGGGAGGCUGGCACUGUGAAUGGUGAACCUGGAAGGUCAAUGAAGAUCAUGGAUGCAUCUGGGCAGAGAGAUGAGGCUGGGGAUGACCACUGGCCACCAGACGCACCGGCUUUUCCGUUCCAUACUGUUAAGAAAUGCUGAGCCCCAGGAAACCUUGCUCCUGCCACUCCAUGUCCUCUUUCCAGGCCUGCUGAUGGGAGACCCCAGUUCCAUGGACGUGGACAGUGGUUCCAUGCACAAGGAUGCCACAAAGCAGAAAACUAUGGCUGCUUGUCUUUCAAUGGAUGGGUCAAAUCUGCUGUGUGGGGUAACUGUCCCAACAUAAAACAGCUUGAUGACCAAUGUGGAAAUAAUAGACAAGUCAUACCCUUAGGGGGGUCAGCUAGGUUAUUGGGAUGACUAUCUAGAAUGAUCUGUAUCUAGAAGAUCUAGAUGAGUGAUCUAGUCCAACGAGGGCAAAUAAUCCCCCUCUCUGCCACCACUGCCCCGUCCUGUACUCUUGGCAGACAUUACUAAUCAAUCACAGCGCGCCUUUCUGCAGAGCACAGAUGCAGCCUCUCAGGGCAUCAGAGCUGCUACUGGAUGAGGGCACGGGUAACCAUCCCUGAUCUCAUGGCAGCUUUCCUUUCCGAGAAGAAGGAGCUCAGGCCCAGAGAGGAAGAUAAACUCUCCCAAGUUAGGUCCUUUCUCAGAGGCAGAGGUGGAUUUGGUCCUAAGGCCUUGGAAACUUCCAAAAGCCCAGUCAUUUGGAGUCUUGGCUCUAGCUGGCGACAAGCUGUAAGGACUUUGCAGAAGUUUAUUUUCAAUCCAGAAACUUGGAGAAUGCAGAAAGAGUCUGUCCUUAAGACCCAGUGUAUGAUCCUAUUUGGGCAUCUGCCUGCUUGGAGAGAGACAUCAUUUAUCUUCCAGGGAGUGUCUUCUCCUCGGGCCGGAAUGCUGCCACCAACCAUGUAACAGCUGGGCUGGAAGGCCUGGGGACCUUAAGGAAAUACAAUAUGUGCGUGUGUGUUGUGGUCCUAGGCAGGGGAGUGGAAAAAGACUGUUCUUGGAGCUCUUUGUAGAAGUUUCUGUGGUUCGAUCUGGACAUCUAUGAAGUUAAGGAAUGUUGCAGAGGGAGGAGGAGGAAAAGGAAUCUGAUUCCAGUUGCUUUUGGUUUCUUCCCUGCAAGGAAGGCUCAAAAUCAAAUUUUCACCCAGGUGGAAUUCCCCGGGGUCCUAGUGGACCACCAGCUCUACCCCUAAACUCUUGAAAUGCCUCUAAUAAGCAGCUGGAGGCUGAGAGUGUGCUUUCCGGGUGCUGCCUCUUUGCUUCCUUCCUCCCCUUAUCCUCCACCACCACCACCUCCUGCCAGAUAACAUCUGCCCCGGCUGGCCUAUGAGCUGAGGAGAAAGUCACACAAUAGUAGAGACGAAAAAUAGCUGCAUGUAUUCAGCUUGAAUUAGCUCAGAAGAAAGGCGCCCUCCCUCCAUUGAGCAAUUGUUUAUGCCAACGUGCUAUUUGCAUCGUGCCUUCUUAGAUCUGAAAGUCUAAUGAUUAAAAACAAAUCUUAGUUUUUCUUUUUCACCACUUAAGAAAAAAAAAGAAAAGAAAAACCACCAGCUUGGCUAGUUCCUCCUGUUUAAAAAUACCCUGACUUCCAGAGCUAGAGUGAGGAUUUUGGAAAGCCUGUGGCUAGGAUAGUGGGAAGAAACACAGGCAGACAAUAGAGAGGCCUUUCUGGACAGUGAUGACUGGUGAAGGCGGGAGAGGGGUCUUUGCGUCCUCAUGCAGAUGCCGACGUCCGGGUUGGUUCGGAAUGCGGUGGGCUUAUUUCGUCAUUGGCCGUGUAUUCAAUGGAUCAUUUAUUGAGCAUCUAUUACAUCUUGGACCCUGGGCGUUCAGUGAUGAGGGAAACAAAGUCAUUCUGAGCUUAGAGCCUGGUGGGGGAGCUGGACAAGGAACCGCUUAGCAAUAUAUGAAUCACAACUCAUGGAGGCUUAGGGAAGGAAAACCAACGGUCCGGCCGGUAACAGGAGAUUGUGGGGGGGGGCCGGCUGUGGAGGGAGCAGGUGCAAAGAUCUUUCUGAGGAGGUGACUUUUGAGUGGAGCGCUCAAGGAGGGGAAAGAGGAAGGGACGAUCCUUCUAGGCCAAGGUCCCUCAAAUGCGGCACUGUUGAUACUGGGGACCGUUUGUCAUGGUGGGGGCAUGUCCUGUGCGUGGCAGGAUGGCCUCCACAUACUAGAUGCCCAUGGCACCCUCCCUUUCCUGCUACCCCCAAGUUGUGACAACCAAAGAUGUUUCCAGAUAUUGCCACAUGUCCCCUGGGCGACACCACCUUGUUGAGAACCACCAUUCUUGACAGAAGCAGUUGCAAACACAGACACCCCAGGGGAGGGCAGAGGCCAGCGCCGGCGAGCAGGGUGGACAGGGGAUGAGCCGCGCUGGGCACUGGGGGCCCGAUGGGAGCAUCCAGGCUGGCGAGGGUGUCGGAGGUUUUCUGAGGGCAGUGGCAGAGCACUGGGGGGGUUUCAGGAAUAUCGUGUCAUCAUCUGAUCUUCACUGGUUUGAGGCAAGGCACGAGGUCUUGAGUGUGCUGUCUCCUGGCCAGGUCACUAGGGUACGGAUCUAGCUUGCAGCCAUCUGCAGCCUUGCAGAGAAAAGGGGAAAUCAGACAAAGGGAAACGGGAAACCUCGGGGAAGAAGAUCCUCAAGUGUCAGCGGCACCAAAAUGGGCUUUAAAUGGAAUAUUUAGCAUCUUCAAUGGUUUGAAGGCAGCCUAGGGAGGGAGGGCAUUGACUGGCCAUUCCCCAUCUACACGGACGAGACAAGGUGUGGGUGGGAAUCUCGGUCACAUCCUCCCCUUCCUUCCGUCCUGGUCCACAUUCCCAUGGUCCUUCUAGGAAGCGGCUCUUCUCCUUGACCUUGGCCUCAGGCAACCCUAGUGCUGCUCUCCAGGGCCACUCAGGGAAAUCCCCUCUCUUCCCCAGGGAAGGAGAGUCCCCAGACAUGCCAGCCUCCUUCCGAUCCCCUACUUUACUGUUGAGGAGUUAACACAGGUGUCUCUGGCAGAGCAUAAGCAGCAAAAUGGAUGGUGUGGAUGAGAGGGGGCAGUUGGAUCCGGUCCCACGUGGCUGAUGUGGGUGUGGCUGCGGGCAGUGGGUGUGGUCGAGCUCUGCAGGGCCUGUGGCUCUACCCCUAGAAUCCGAUCCCAUGGACUCAGCGGUCCCAGGACUGGGCAGCAAGGCAGCCAGGCACGGCAAAAGGACUGGGGCUGGGAAACCUGUUUUGGUAAGCUGGGGAUACUCAGCCAAGCACCUUCCAAGAAGGAUGCCGAGUUGAUGGGGGUCCUGCUCCCUCGGUGGGGGCUGACCUCUCCCCACCCCAGCUCUGCCCGACUCGGGGGCAGUGGCCACUUCAGUGUGUCUUGGACAAUUAAUGCAAUGCAUUGGUCAUCCAAGAUUGUAGCCAUUUUCCUUUGUUUAUUUUUCUAUCUGUGUUGCUAAUAAUAAUACUAAAAUGGGUACAUAUGAACUUGUGUAAGUUCAAGUAACUGCUAUGUAGCUACAGUGUAGACACAGGCUACCCUCACGGACUGGCCCAGCCACAGCAAGGUUCCCACCCCAGCCCACUGGCCUCCCAACCAGCCUCCUACGGAGUGUUGGGCAGCGGCCUGCAAGUCCUGGGCGGCCAGCUGGGCAGUGCCUGGCUGGAGCGGGUGCUGAGGGAGGGCACGGCCGACGCGGGCUGCCUGAGGCUCGGCCUGAGCACAACUGGGAGAUGCACAAUGUCUUCUCUGGCUCCUUUCUCCCCCUUCUUAAGCAGCCCUUCCCUGGGGUCCCUGUGCUCCCUGCCCCAGGGAGUGCUGUCCAUUAUUCCUCUCCCAGCACCCCCGCACAUGCUUCCCAAGCUUGCUGUCAGAAAUAAGUCCUCAGAAGGCCCCAGGCCUUGGUACAGAGUGGCCGGAAGCCCAAAUACAGUCAUCUGGUCCCCCAAGCGUGUUGGACCCCCACUGCUGAGCUGUGGGUCACCUGAGGGCCCCAUGUUCCCCAUGCAUCAGACUCCGUGGCUUCGUGCAUCAGCCCCACCUUCCACAAGGCACUGCUGCCAUGCCGUGUUCCACAUGCUCCACUUUUUGGCCUGUCCGUGGAUUUUAAGUGCCACCAUUUGAGCUGCUGAAGGCUUCUAGAACAAUCUUCCCCAUAUUUCCAAGGCUUGUGUCCCCAGCCACACUCCCCAGCAUCAAGCAACCCUAAUGCCUUUAGUCCCCAAGACUGCAUGUCAACUCAUUCAACAAGUAUCUAUUAAGUGCCUCCUGUGCCCCCUGGGAAACUGGGGAAGGAGAGUGGCACCGGCCUUUAGGGAACCCCGGAAUCUAGAGGAGGGGGCAGACAGGUUCUGAGAGAGAUCCUGAGACCCCAGAGGAGCACCCAACCCAGCAAGGGCCUUCCAGGAAACCUUCUCAGAGGAGGGGACGUCACCUCCUCUUGAGAUUUGAGGAGAGGGGUGGGUGGUGUAGGGAACAGUGUGUCACGUAGAGGGAAUAGCCCAUGGGCAGAGGCAACAUCAUGAUUUGUUGAAAGCUGGAUGCUGGGUACUUGCUCUGUUCUUAACUGCUUUCCCCUAAGCAUGGCAUCAGGGCCUGAGAGAGCCCAUCCCCAAACACAGGUGCCGUUGGCGCAUAGAGACCUCACCACCUCCUGCCGUGUUGUGGUCCUGGCGACUGGACUUAGGGUUCCUGGAGAAGAUAAUGUCCCGGAAGGGUUUCGUGCUUGCUAGAGUUAGGUGGUCCUUUGGCUGCCUCAGAUUCUCUCUGGAGCCCUCUCUGGCCAUGCGGGCCUCCCUCUGUGUCCCUGCCUGUCUGCACACAUUGUCUGUGUCUUAGGACCUUUCACUGGGUUCUUCAAACCACGGGUAUCUCUGCUAUGGAUAGGUUGGUGAUCAGCCUUCCCUCUAAAGCAUUUUCUUCCCUGUCUUUGCUUCUGCUUCACAAUCCUUCCUACCUCCUCUUGUGGCCUGUGUCUCUGAUCUCUCUGAGGCCCACACCACUGUCUUGCCAUAACAGAAAGCUGUCUCACUGUGGCCUCUUUCCUGGAGAGUGUAUGUUACUCUGUGGCAUAGGCCACUGGAGCAUUGAGGUCGAGGAUGUGCGUGAAUAUGGAAAUUUACUGAUGGAAAGACCCCACUCUAGAGGUUUCCAACUAACCGUUACAGGUGUAAUGGGCAAAACACUGGUUUGUUACAGAGUCGUUGAAGAAGACCCAGGGAUCAGAGUGGGCCACAGGCCAGGUCUGUAAUAUAGCAUAAAAUGUGGGGAUGUGUCCUCUUGGUGGGAUAUUGUAUCCCACUAUCCUUAUAAAUAUAUGUCAGGGUUUGAAAGAUGGGAAACAGAGUUUCUUUGCUGACUGUAGGACUCCCGUGGUGUGCGUGUGGUUGCUUAAUUUAUCAGGUUUACCUGCUUCAACUUGACUCAACGUGCAUUUCUUAAGCCACCCCCUCUUGUGGAUAAUGACCUUACCAUCAGUUUCUCAGUGCCAGCAGUUCCCCCAAAGGGUUCUUUGGAUUUUCCUUGGCUUCAUGCAGCCUACUAGCACUUAGUAUGCCCCAACCCUCAAGGUUAUUGGAGGGAGUACACGAAAUAAUGAAUGUUAAUAGAAUUGCACAAUACCUGACACACAGUAGGUGCUCAGUAAAUGUGGUUUCUCGUCUCACUGGCCCAACCAAAACAUCCCCAGGAAUUCCACUUCCAGGAAAUUAUUCUAGGAAAAAAAAUGGAGGAUUGGAAUGGGGAGGUGGUUGGUGGGUGUGAUCCAUUUUCUUAGGGGCUGGUGCUCUGGUGGACAUGGGGCGGGCAACCCAAGACUCAUAAAGACACCCUCCAGCUGCUGUGGGGUCAUCAUGCAUAGGGGAGAGGCUCAAACUUAGGAAACUGGAGAGCCUCUGGCAAGAUCAGUCCUCUCCAAGGCCCCAAGAUGGAGGCCAAGGGCAUUCACUGGGGCUGGAUGAGUCUGGUCACAUGUGGUGAGUGCCCCAAACGUGGGCCAUCGGGUCCCACCCUGAGCUUGUUUCUCUCUCCCUGUGCUUUGAACUUGCACUGGGGCCCACUCCAUGAACUUUACCGCAUGAUUCAUUCGGUUGAUUACUCUCAAAGUUAUUGAACUUAGGAAAAUUCUCAAUUGUAAAAAGGCUUUCUCUCUAUGUAAAUUACGCUGUUACCUUUUCUAUACAAAAAGUAUAUAUA